UACUUGCCGCAUUAAUGCAAAUUGGAAUGAUCCCGCAACUCAGCUCGAAAUUAUGCUUUUAUUAAUGAGAGUUUAAUCGGCCUCUCUCCCUCCCCUCCCCUCUCUCUCUCUCUCUCUCUCUCUCUCUCUCUCAUUCGAAUACUCUGCUGGGUCAACACGUUUGACGCUGACCCACAACUAUUUCAUCAGAAAAAGAAGGGGAGCGUAAACCGGAGAAAACAUUUUCCAUAUAUAGAACGUUAAUAUAAAGCGAACAGCCAGGCUAACGAUAAUAGUCCAAUAUAUGUAGACUUGCUUUCGUUGAUCAGUCUUAUUUGAGCCUUUGGCCGAAUCAGAUCGACUAUCAAGUUAAUGUCUCUGACAUUUAUUGCGUUAAAUGUCAUAUUCGUUGCUCUCUUCGUUUCAAUAUCUCAAAUCGCGGAUAAUUUUGUUAGCAGGACAUCAUUUAUAUAUUUUUACGAUCGACAAACGAAAAUAAUAUAACAGUGACGAUAGUAUCAGUGAAAUUAAAUCUAAAUUGUUUGUUGAUAAUAUUACCAAAUUAAACUUGUUGCUUAUCAAUUAAGAAAUAUAUUGUGUUAUUCAAUUUCACUGGAAAGAAGAGAAACACUUUUUAUUGAAAAAUUAUGCCGAGUAGUAAAACGAGAAUCGCUGUUGUGGGUGGUGGAGUGGCUGGUCUGGUGGUAGCUCGUCAUGUAGUGGCCAAAUUAAAUUCUUAUAAUCUCGUCCUUUUCGAACAAACUGAUCACAUCGGUGGCACCUGGGUAUAUACUGAUGAAACAGAUCUUGACAAAUAUGGACUUUUGAUUCAUAGCAGCAUGUACAAGAAUCUCAGGACAAAUAUACCGAAGGAAAUAAUGGCGAUACCUGACUUCCCCUUUCAAGAUCUGGAUGGCCCGUCUUUCAUUCACCACAGCUUAAUAAAAAAAUACCUCAUGAGUUAUGCGAAGCACUUCAAUCUUUAUCCCUACAUUAAAUUGAAUACCCUAGUGAAGCGUGUAGAGCCAGAAACUAUUAACGGCCGGACAUUAUGGAUGGUGACAUACGAGUCAUUGGAGACCAAAACAGAAAUCACAAAGAUUUUCGACGCCGUGGUGCUGUGCAAUGGGCAUUACACUGUCGGUCGUAUUCCGCAUAUUCCAGGUAUCGAAAGCUUUCGUGGUAGAUGUGUUCACAGCCAUCAGUACAGAGUGCCAGAGGUCUAUACCGGCAAGAAGGUUUGCAUACUCGGCGCGUCCUGGUCUGGCAUUGAUAUCGCCAUGGAAGUCUCGCAAUAUGCUGAUAAAGUAUAUCUGAGUCAUAAUCUGCCGGAACAACUCAACUCGAAAAUAUCGGACAAUCUCGAGCAAAAACCUGGUGUCGAGUCCAUCCAGGGAAACAUCUUCACCUUUCGCGACAGUUCAACAGAGGAAGUGGACGAUUUCAUAUUCUGCACUGGUUACAAAUUCACGUAUCCCUUUAUGUCGGCUAAAGUCGAGAUACGUACAGAUGACGACCAUGUGGAACCCAUCUACAAGCAUCUAGUACAUAUGGAUUAUACAAAUCUGUUUUUCAUGGGCUUGCCCGCGUUGGUGAUACCAUUUCCAAUGUUCCAUAUCCAAGCACAGUACAUCCUCGGGAUCCUCGAAGAUCGUAUUAAGUUACCGUCCGCGCAACAAAUGCGCGAAGAAUACGAAAUCGAGAAAAAGUCACUGUUGGACCAAGGUAUUCCGCUGAGACACAUUAACAAGUUAAAAGACAGGCAAUGGGCUUACUACGAUCACCUUGCAACCACUGCGAAUGUGACAGACUUUCUACCAGUGGUCAAGAAGAUUAUGGAUCACGUUUUGCAAAUGCGCAAAGUAGACUUCACCACCUACAAAAAUUAUCAGUACCGCAUCAUCGAUAGCGAGAAUUUCAGCGUGUCUUACUGUAAACUUUGUUAAGUUCCACGCAAAGAAAAGUGAGAAAAGUAAAUAUUAUUUUAUUGCAAGAUGACUGUACGGAUACGAUAAGCCGUUUAUAUCUUUCAGUAUCAACACUGUUUAUGCAUAAAUUUGUACAUCGCAAUUUAAUGCGAUAAAUAUUUUUUCGAUUAAAGGCAGUUCAUUAUAACAAUUAACGAAA